AUAUUUUCCAGAACAAAUCCCAGUCUCUAAAAUUGAAAAUAAAGAAGUUGAAAUCUUCUAUCUAACUGCUAUAGAGGAUGUUGAAGAAACUUUUACAGAUAUACAAACUAUAAUAGAUCCAUUUGAUUAUCAAGACAU